CUCUCACUGGUUCCCCGCCUCCCUCCUGCCCUGAAACCUGAGCCAGCUGAAGGACUGAUUGCAGGAAACUUGGCGGCUUCCCAACCCUCGUGGCCAGGGCAGUGCAAGGCUGCAGCCUCAGAAGUUGCAGGGAGCACUCGGGAGACGCAGGCUGGCUGGGACACGAGGCUGGCAGAGUGCGGGCAGGCUGGUCCUCCGCGGGACUCACUCUGAAGGCCACUCCAAGGCACCCCCACACCGCGGGAAGCACACCAUGCUGUUGUGGGUGCCACAGGCACUGCUUGCCUUGCUUCUGCCCACACUCCUGGCACAGGGAGAAGCCAGGCAAAGGGGGGGACCCCAGGCUCGUAACACCUCCAGGCCCGCUCUGCUCAGGCUGUCAGAUUACCUCCUGGCCAACUACAAGAAGGGCGUGCGACCCGUGCGGGACUGGAGAAAGCCAACCACCGUGUCCAUUGAUGUCAUGGUCUAUGCCAUCCUCAGCGUGGAUGAGAAGAAUCAGGUACUGACCACCUACAUCUGGUACCGACAGUACUGGACUGAUGAGUUCCUCCAGUGGAACCCUGAGGACUUUGACAACAUCACCAAGUUGUCCAUCCCCACAGACAGCAUCUGGGUCCCGGACAUUCUCAUCAACGAGUUUGUGGAUGUGGGGAAGUCUCCGAAUAUCCCGUACGUGUAUGUCCGGCAUGGCGGUGAGGUGCAGAACUACAAGCCCCUCCAGGUUGUGACCGCCUGCAGCCUGGACAUCUACAACUUCCCCUUCGACGUGCAGAACUGCUCACUGACCUUCACCAGCUGGUUGCACACCAUCCAGGACAUCAACAUCACCCUGUGGCGCUUACCGGAAAAAGUGAAGUUUGACAAGAGCGUGUUCAUGAACCAGGGCGAGUGGGAGCUUCUGGGGGUGCUGCCCCAGUUUCAGAAGUUCAGUCUCGAAAGCAGCAACUAUUAUGCAGAAAUGAAGUUCUAUGUGGUCAUCCGCCGGAGGCCCCUAUUCUAUGCAGUCAGCCUGCUGCUUCCCAGUAUCUUCCUCAUGGUCAUGGACAUCGUGGGCUUCUACCUGCCCCCGGACAGUGGCGAGAGGGUCUCCUUCAAGAUCACACUACUCCUGGGCUACUCAGUCUUCCUGAUCAUCGUGUCUGACACACUGCCGGCCACCGCCAUCGGCACUCCCCUCAUUGGUGUCUACUUUGUCGUGUGCAUGGCUCUGCUGGUGAUAAGCUUGGCCGAGACCAUCCUCAUCGUGCGGCUGGUACACAAGCAGGACCUGCAGCAGCCCGUGCCCGCCUGGCUGCGGCAUCUGGUUCUGGAGAGAGUCGCCCUGCUCCUCUGCCUAGGGGAGCAGCCAACCUCCCGAAGGCCUGCAGCCACCUCCCAAGCCACCAAGGCUGAUGACUGCUCAGACAUGGGAAACCACUGCAGCCAUUUGGGAGGACCCCAGGACUGUGAGAAGACCCCAAGGGGCAGAGGCAGCCCUCCCCCACCACCACGGGAGGCCUCCCUGGCGGUGCGUGGGCUGCUGCAAGAGCUGGCCUCCAUCCGGCACUUCCUGGAGAAGCGAGAGGAGAGCCGAGAGGUGGCCCGGGACUGGCUGUAUGUGGGCUCCGUGCUGGACAGGCUGCUGUUCCGCCUCUACCUGCUGGCAGUGCUGGCCUACAGCAUCACCCUGGUCACGCUCUGGUCCAUCUGGCAGUAUUCUUGAGCGGGUACAACCCA